AUUGCUAGAUUGUACUUUUUGUAGGUAUGAGUUCUUUUAAAUAAUACAAUAGAAUCUCAAAUACACGGGCUGUGUUUCCUUUGCCUAAUUAGUUAGCAAAUAAAAACAUUGCACUUUAUUUUGAUAACAAUACAAUCGUCUUUCUAAAAAUCUUUUCGUUUCCAAUCAAAAUACUUUAGCACCACCUAUCAAAAUGGCGCGUUAUUUCAAGGAACAAGAUAUAGAUGAAUUCCGUGAAUGUUUCUACUUGUUUGCUCGGUCUGGUCAAAUCACCUCUCUGGAUGAGUUGACCGUCAUCAUGAGGUCAUUAGGCAUGAGUCCCACAAUCCAGGAGUUGGCUGGUUAUCUGAAGGGCAAAGGGGGGAAGAUGUCGUUCGCGGAUUUCCUUGAAGUUAUGCACAUACAUUCUCGUGCCGAAAAUCUUCCGUCAGAGGUAGUAAACGCGUUUAAGGCCGGAGAUCCGAACAAGACCGGAGUGAUAUCGGCUAAGCAACUGCGGACGCUUCUGCAGAAAUGGGGAGAAGGGCUCUCAGCCAGAGAAGUAGACAACAUUUUCCGCGAAGCGAAUGUUUCCAACAGUGCUACGGUGCGCUACGAAGACUUCGUUAAAAUCGCCUGCGCCCCAGUUCCGGACUAUUAUUAACGACAUUUUUUAUAUAUAAUAUAACUAGCUGACCCGGCAGACUUCGUAGUGCCUCAAUCGAUAAAUAAAAGACUUAAACUUUUGUAUAAAAUAAACUUAAAACAAACAAAAGGAAUCCGUCCGAUGGGGGACACAUCAAAAGGAAAACAGAAUUGUUAUUUUUAUUUAAUUCCGAGCAUUUUCAUAUUUUCUCUACCUUUUAAACCUUCUCUGGACUUCCACAAAUAAUUCAAGACCAAAAUUAGCCAAAUCGGUCCAGCCGUUGUCGAGUUUUAGCGAGACUAACGAACAGCAAUUAAUUUUUAUAUUUAUGACGAUUAUAUAUGUAUAUUGACGGGUGAAAGGAUAUUUGGUUUGAGCGAAACUUUUGCAAUUUAACAGGAGAAAGAAAAAAAUAUUAUGACAAAAAAAGAACUACUUCAGCUAUGUAUUUGAAUGGAGUAAACUUAAUUGAAGUUCAAUUAAAAACAUCGAACUGUUGAUGCUGAUGCCGAAUAAAACGGAUCUUUAAUUAUAAAGAUAAAUGUUGCUCAAACCUAAUAGUUUCACCUCUAGAUAUGCAUCUAUAUACAUAAUUAGAAUUAAACUCGAUAUCGGCUCGACGUAAAGACUAAAAUGACUGCCAGUUUUAUGCAGAAUGGAGACCAUUGAAUUCCGUUUUAAGCUUUGUGCCAGCGGUUCUCAACCACCGUGUCGUAAACCCCUAUAAAGUGUUCCGAGAUUUACAAACUCAAUAUUUUUAUAUGGGAAACAUUUGUAUAUACAAUUUUUUUUGUACAGUCAAAAUCUGUUAUAACGGCAUCGAAGGGACUGCUCAUAUUCAGUCGUAAAAACCGGUGAUGUUUAAUGUGUAUCGUGCAAGUACAAACAAAUCGGUAGGGAAUUAUUGGAAAAAUAUAUUUGCAUAAUACGCGAUUUUUCUUCAAUAUUAAUUUGUUUUCUUUUUCUUUGCGACAUUUUGAAAGUUUCACGAAUAACUCCACAAAGUUUUGGUGCGUCUUGUGUAUAGAUAAGUAACAAACUAACUGCAGAGAUAUGAAGAAGCGGGCUUUGACUACCGCAUGCACGUGUUUUGUUUCUAAGAAUUAGAAAAGACCCUACACUAAACUAAAUCCUAUUGUUUUCUUUCCUGAUUUUAAAAGCCAUUGAAGACAAAUGUGGAUACCUAUUCAAAUUGUUUACAAUACAGCUUAGCCGGUCGUUGUAACAGAUCUAAUUCUCCGAAAUAUUAGUGGUCGUUUUAUGAGGUAUGUCGUUAUUACCAAUGUCGUAGAAAGCAAUAUUUUUAAUAAGGCGGUCAUAUGGCAUUCAGCCGGGACCUUUGUUCUUGGUUAUUAUAACCGGCAUGUUGUAUUAAACGAUGUCAAAGUAAACGGUUUUGACUGUAUAUACAAAUGUUUACUAGAUGUUAACUGUACAACUAUGUUCAACAUAUCUACGAUGCAUAAGUUAAUAAAUGUACCUAGUACCUACCUUCACUUUAAUUAUCAUAAAUGUUGCAUGUAAGUAAGGGUGUCGCGAAAGUGUAAAGAUUAUGUUAGCCCAUCGCAGAGUAAAGAAGGUUGAGAACCACUGGUCUUUGUCAAUAAAAGUGUUAUUGCACAAUUCAUCUGACAGCCUGUUUCGGGUUACUAUUAUUGUGUCACCAUUUAAAAUAGUAUGUUGAGAUCAAUUGAUACUUUUGAGUGAUAAAAAAAUUAAAACAGGAUGUGUUGAGUUCGUCACAGCAAUAAGCAAGCCAAGUAGAACUGAAAGUACCAGAUACAGCUGGCACUAAGUAAAAAAUGUUAACCAGCUGACAUCCGAGGUCAAUGACCUCGCGGGAACGACUCAGCCGUCAUCUGGGGUCAAUGGCCUCUCAGAAACCACUGCUUGCUGUCUUUGCUGUACACUAGAGAUUCGUUAAAUAUAAUAAUAUGAACUCUUUAAAAUUACAAGCAUUUAUGUAUAGUUUAGUAAAUGAAUAUUGUAUUCUAUUGUUUAUAGUCGGCACGGGGAUCUUUUUAUACUCACUAUAUGUGUGGCAAUGUUAUUAUUAUAAAUGGCAACAUUCCUUAUAGACCAUCCAUUUCUUAAUUUGUACUUAAUUAUCGUUUAUGCUUCCUAAACUGUUUAUUUAUAUGAAAUAAAAAUUGUUAUCUUUGAAAAAAAAAA